UGUGUGUUACGCAAUCGUUUCUGCGUUCUGCAUCUUUGGAAACCUAAUGGUCCUGUUUGCUAUCGUCAAGAGUGCAAGACUAAGAAGCAUGACCAACUUUUUCCUGGCUAACCUCGCUGUAGCCGACUUCUGCGUCGGCCUAUUCUGUGUAUUGCCAAACUUGUACAGGUUUCUGACCCUCACUUGGAAUCUCGGACGGGUGAUGUGUAAACUGUACUACUUCGUCUGGAACAUGUGUUACACAGCAUCUAUAGUUAUACUGACGGCCAUCGCGGCGGAACGCUACAUAGCAAUACGGUAUCCACUGAGGGCACGUCGAUUCUUUACGCUAAACAGACUUAUCAUUGCGCAGAUCGUAAUCUGGACGAUAUCAGGCCUGUACAAUAUCCCUUACCUCUUCGUCUUUGAUAUUGUUGGUGGGCGCUACUGUUUUUAUGAUUACACUAUUAUCGACAUGAAAGCCUUAACAACCGUCAAUUUCAUCGUCUGGUACGCCCUUCCUCUAAUUGCCAUGACGUUUAUGUAUUCCAAAAUAGGAGCUGUUCUAUGGGUUGUCGGCUCCUCAAAGAAGGUACCCGUUUUAGAAAAGAAGAUAGUAGAACAGCAGGAUGAUUUUCAAUCACAUUACACUAGCAGUUCCAACGGUUCGGACGGCAUUGUACAACGCUUCACUUUCAAACUGCACGAGUAUCCAACGAAGAAGAGAAUGAUCGUACACUGCGACUGCGCUAGUAAGUCAUCUCACGAGUGUUGCAGGAGCUGUCUUCAUAAUGGGAUCGUUGUGAAAUCUUCUGGUUGUCGCCGAACAGACAAUCAGGAGGUUUGCUUUUGUAUUGAUCGUAAUAGUCGUAACGAAAAUUCCUCCAGCUCAGGGAAACAUGAGGCCAACAGUGACUGUGCUUCGUCCACGUUACACCAGUGUAUGAACAUAGAGCUCGAGUAUAAUAUCUGUUGUAGCGAGCCAUCGUUCGUUAAACAGUUUAAUGGACUUCCUAUCCAUAAUAAGCGGAGUUCAAGAGAGAGUUUGUCAUCACGCUCGCGCAGUCACAUUCUGUCAUAUCCGACACGCAUGAAUUCCACGCGUGCUCUGAAGAACAGACGAAAGGUUAUCCGCCUCCUUGUAACAGUAGUAAUUUCGUUUGCUGUGUGUGUUUUACCGCACCACAUCCGCCUACUGCUUAAGUACUGGAAUAUAAGGACACCUGGAAACGGGAGCGUUCUGUCUCUCAUUUCCUUUCUCAUUCUUUACCUGAACAGUGCAUUUAAUCCAAUACUUUAUGCCUUGUUUUCAGCGAAUUUUAGAAAGAGUUUUAAGGAAAUUGUUCCGUGUAAGAGACGUUUUUCGCCCAAAGGAUUUCAUCAAGAUACGAAAUUUGGCAGUUUCUAA